GCGACACAAGGGUUGCUGCGUUAUAUAUGUCGGGCAUGCACCCUCGCCCACACUCAGACAAUCUUCGGACGGCAGUGUGGACAGGUCGAGUGUGUCUCUUCACUCUCGUCAAUUAGGCCCAACGUUUUCUUUUUUUUCUUCCUUCUUCGUCUUCUUAUUUCGGUGUUUUGUUGUGCAUUGUGCUGUGGUUACCGAAUUUGAUUUGCCGAUCGUUGCGACCGAGCAGCAAAUAGUCCCUGGCUGGAGACACUGGAGAGCGUGUCGACAAAGCCAAUCAACGAAGACUUGUGCACGUACGCCACGGCAAUGAGGAUCGACAGUAAGAGCGCGCUCGUGCUCGAUCUCUCGUGCAAGGGGCACCGAUCAUACGGCCCACCGGCGGCAGAUCCGUUGCUGCUUCUACAAAAGACGUCCGAGCACCCGCACCUCCAAGCCACGGCCUACCAGGACAAUCCUUACCAGCACCAGCACCACCAAGAGACGAACAACAACGACAAGGGCCACGUCAGCGAGUACCUCCAGCCCAAGAGCGAGAGCCAGCCCCAGUGGCUACCCGAUCGCAAAGUGCAGAGCCCCGACGAUCGUUCCUCCUACGUCCUAACCCCCCCGCAGACCGACGAGCACUCCUCCUCGCCGAGGAUGCACGGGUUGACGAUAACUUCGGAGGAGGACGAGGUGAAGGCGGCGGCUCAGAUGCAGGUGCAACUGCAGCUUCAGGCCAAGCUGUCGAGUUCGUACGGGGUGCCGCCCGGCGUCCCGGUGAGCGUGCCCGGCUUCUCGACCAUCCCCGCGAUCUCGUACGCCUCGUCGAUCUUCCCGAAUUUUUACCCGAGCUCCGUUGGCCCGAGUGGCUUAGCGCCGGCCGAGUAUCCGGGCUCCACGUCACCAGUGUCCGGGUCGCCCGACGAGGUUAAGAAGGUGCCGCCCCGGCCCUUCAAGGCUUACCCGAGGGACUCCCUCGCCAUCAGUUUGACCAGCGAAUUGAUGUUUGACCCGGAGGUCAAGCUGAGCUACCAGAGCUUCCGCAACCGGAUGCUCGACUCGGUCAAGCGGACCUACGAGGGUACCAACAUGAAGAUGCGCCGGAACAGCUGCAGCAGUGGGAGCGGCAUCACCGUCAGCCCCAACUACACCGGUGGUAGCAGCAAGAGCCCGGGCGUUCAGCCGAGCAGCAGUACCAUCGAUGAGAAGGACGCCGCCUACUGGGAGAGGAGACGCAAGAACAACGAGGCGGCCAAGAGGUCGAGGGACGCGCGCCGAGCCAAGGAGGACGAGAUCGCCAUCAAGGCGGCUUUCCUGGAGCAGGAGUGCCUCAAGCACAUAUGCGAGAACAAGCUGCUCAAAGAGGAGAAUGCUAGGCUCAAGGAGGAAAACGCGAGGCUCAAGUUCAUGUCCUACGGCCAUUAGCUUAGUUGGGUACGGUUAUUGUGGUCCGUUUGUACAUAACUGUGUUUUAAGCAAUAUGAUAUUGCGUAAACUAUCUGUGUUCCUUAGAUAAGACUGUGUCGUUUGUAAAUAAUCUGUAAUAUAUAAUACAAGUAUAUGUGAUCCCGUGAUUUCAUUCUCGGUGUAUUAUGGUUUCAGUGCGAGUACGAUUAUUUUGCAACAUUACCGAUGAAAACGAGAUAUUGCUACAACGGUGUGUUUUUUAUAAAUUUGGACAUUGCUGUCCAGUCAACGUUAAGAGAGGAUAAACAGUUUCAAUAAUUAGUUCGUCAACGAAUACUCAAGUUGUUUCAACGAUACUAUCCAUACACACGUCUAUUUUUGAAUUUUAUUGGUGUUUAUGUAUUUUUUCGAAAUUUAAUAUAAUUCGUAUUGUAAGUCUUUAAUGUUUCAUAGACGUGCGAAAAAUUGUAAAUAUACCUCUCGACUAAGUUUUUAAAUAUGAAUAAAUAUUUAUU